AAAUUUGAAUUCAAAAAAUCCCUAACAAAAUUGAAAUUUCAAAUUCCCUCCCUCCCUAUAUACAAACAAAUACACAUACACACACAAAUACAUACAGUAUAUGAAAUGGCAUCGGCGCCACCUGUCUCCGGCAGGGAACUAAAUAAUCCUCCGUCUGACGGCAUUUCCAACCUCCGUUUCUCGAAUCACUCCGAUCAUCUCCUUGUAUCUUCAUGGGAUAAAAGUGUUCGAUUAUACGAUGCAAGUGAAAAUGUGAUGAGAGGAGAGUUUAUGCACGGCGGUGCGGUUCUUGAUUGUUGUUUUCAUGACGAUAAUUCCGGUUUCAGUGCUAGUGUUGAUCAUACUGUUAGGAGGCUUGUUUUUAACCAGGAGAAGGAGGAUAUUCUUGGACGCCAUGAUGCUCCUGUUCGAUGUAUUGAUUACUCCUAUGCAACAGGCCAAGUCAUCACUGGUAGUUGGGAUAAAACCAUAAAAUGCUGGGAUCCAAGAGGUGCUGGUUCGCCUGAGCGUUCUCUAGUGGGGACAUACUCUCAACCAGAACGUGUCUAUUCGCUUUCUCUUGUUGGCAAUCGUGUAGUGGUGGCAACUGCUGGUCGCUAUGUUAAUGUUUAUGACUUGAGGAAUAUGUCUGUACCAGAACAACGGAGAGAAUCUUCUUUGAAAUACCAAACUAGAUGUGUGCGAUGUUAUCCCAAUGGAACAGGUUAUGCUCUUAGCUCUGUGGAAGGCCGUGUUGCAAUGGAAUUUUUUGACAUGACUGAGUCUGGUCAAUCCAAAAAAUAUGCAUUCAAGUGUCACCGAAAAUCUGAAGCUGGAAGAGAUAUCGUCUACCCAGUAAACACCAUUGCAUUUCACCCUGUCUAUGGAACAUUUGCCACUGGUGGUUGUGAUGGUUUUGUCAAUGUAUGGGAUGGAAACAACAAAAAGCGGCUCUAUCAGUACCCAAGGUACCCUACAAGCAUCGCUGCUCUUUCAUUUAGCAAAGAUGGUCGACUGUUGGCUGUUGCAUCUAGUUAUACAUAUGAAGAGGGAGACAAACCUCAUGAACCAGAUGCCAUCUUUAUCCGUAGUGUGAAUGAAGUCGAAGUGAAGCCAAAGCCUAAAGUGUACUAGAACCCUGCUACAUAACUGGGAACUGUGUAAAGGUCUUUUUGGUUAAUAAUAGGUAGGUCUAACGAGAGCAUUUGUGGUUUAGAUUGCUUGGAUUGUAGACUACUCUCGUAUCUGAAAAUAACCUGUCCUCUAGCUCAGCAAAAUAUCUUUGCAAACCAAUGGUCAAAUGCAUUCAUAAUAAGUCUUAA